CCAGCUCCCAGCUCCAGCUUUGUACUUUAGUGGCCAAAAGCCAGUUAGCUAUCCACGUUCGUGCGUCGGUUUUGUCUUGUCUGUGGCGGCGCGCGGCAGCUGAAUCGUAACGAAAAUAGAGCCAUAUUUGCCACGUUAUUUAACGGCGGCAACACACAAAUAAAUUAAGGCCAGUGCCCAGUGUUUUAAGUGCACAAACAAAGCCCAGAACAACCCACAACCAACUGUCUAAUACCACCAACUAGCAACUACCAACAGUGACAGUGACAGUGCUAGAGGCCAGAAUGCCCCAAAUAUGCGAAACCAUUGAAGCAGUGAUAGUGCACUGAAAGAAACAAAUAAAACAAAACAAAACGAAAGAAAACCAAACAAAAUCAAAUAGCCAAAGCCACAAAGGACCCUCUUUUGAUUUUCCUUUUUACUAACGCGUCCCCCGCACGCGUUGCCUUUUCCAUCGGUACAGAGUCCCCAAGCCGGCAACAUAACGGCGCAACUAUUGAACAGCUUCCUGAAGGGUAGCCCCCACCAGACCACCAUUGACAUCAUGCAGAAGCUCUACGCGGAGCCGCCGCCCAGCAGUGCUCCCGUGAGCAUGGCCAGCUCCGGCGGUCCUGCGUCGGGUGGCGGCGGCGGUGGCGGAGGAGGACCACCUCCACCCGGCGGUCAAAACAAUCCAAAUCCCACAAGCAAUGGCGGCGGCAGCAUGAGCCCCCUGGCCAGAUCCGCCUACACGAUGAACAGCAUGGGAUUGCCGGUGGGCGGAAUGUCCUCGGUGUCGCCCCAGGCGGCAGCCACCUUUGGAUCCAGCGUCUUGGACUCGGCAGCGGCUGUGGCCAGCAUGAGUGGCAGUAUGGGUGCCGCGGCCAUGAACUCCAUGGGUGGCAACUGCAUGACCCCCAGCUCGAUGAGCUACGCUAGCAUGGGUUCGCCGCUUGGCAACAUGAGCGGAUGCAUGGCCAUGUCAGCGGCCAGUAUGUCGGCGGCAGGAUUGAAUGCCACCUAUGGAGGCAUGCCGACGGGAUCGCGGGACAUGGAAACGGGAUCGCCCAACUCUCUUGGGAGAUCACGAGUAGAUAAGCCCACCACCUACCGCAGGAGCUACACGCACGCCAAGCCGCCGUACAGCUACAUCUCGCUGAUCACGAUGGCCAUCCAGAACAACCCGACGCGGAUGCUGACGCUCUCCGAGAUCUACCAGUUCAUCAUGGACCUGUUUCCCUUCUACAGGCAGAACCAGCAGCGCUGGCAGAACUCCAUCCGGCACUCACUGAGCUUUAACGAUUGCUUCGUGAAGAUCCCGCGGACGCCGGACAAGCCUGGCAAGGGCUCCUUCUGGACCCUGCACCCGGAUUCGGGGAAUAUGUUCGAGAACGGCUGCUAUCUGCGACGACAGAAGCGCUUCAAGGACGAGAAGAAGGAAGCCAUCAGGCAGCUGCACAAGAGUCCGUCGCACAGCAGCCUGGAGGCGACCAGUCCGGGCAAGAAGGAUCACGAGGAUUCGCAUCACAUGCACCAUCACCACCACAGUCGCUUGGAUCAUCAUCAGCAUCACAAGGACGCGGGCGGCUCCUCAAUCCCUGGUGUGGGAGUUGGUGUGGGAGUGGGAGUGAACGUGCUGAGCGCGGCACAUAGCAAGGACGCGGAGGCACUGGCCAUGCUGCAUGCCAAUGCGGAGCUGUGCCUCAGCCAGCAGCCACAGCAUGUGCCCACGCACCAUCACCACCAGCACCAUCAGCUGCAGCAGGAGGAGCUGUCGGCAAUGAUGGCGAAUAGGUGCCACCCGUCGCUGAUCAGCGACUAUCACUCGUCGAUGCACCCGCUGAAGCAGGAGCCUUCCGGCUACACACCCUCCAGCCACCCGUUCUCCAUCAACCGCCUGCUGCCCACGGAGUCGAAGGCGGACAUCAAGAUGUACGACAUGAGCCAGUACGCCGGCUACAACGCCCUCAGUCCGCUGACCAACACACACGCUGCCUUAGGCCAGGACUCCUACUACCAGAGCCUCGGCUACCAUGCGCCCGCCGGCACCACGAGCUUGUGACACCACCAGUACCCGCUGGCUUAAGGACGCGCGGAGCAGAUGCUGCGCUCGCAGCAGCAACAGCACUUGCAGCAGCAGCAGCACCACCACCAGCAGCAGCAGCACCAGCUGCAGCAGGCGCAGCAGCAGCAACAGCAGCAGCAGCAGCAGGCGCAGCAGCUGCAGCAGGCGGCGCAGCAACUGACAUCCGCUUCAAACACCACAUCAGCGGCAGCCAAGGCCAGCGGCAAGGCGGGAUCGGGCUCAGGAUCGGGGGGCUCAGGCUCCGGCUCAGGCUCUGGUUCUGCAUCCGGUUCCGGAUCAGGAUCAGGUGGCUCCAGCUACACCCAGAAGCUAAUCCAACAACAGCAGCAGCAGCAGCAACAACAGCAGCAGCAGCAUCAACAACAGCAACAACAGCAGCAGCAGCAACACCAGCAGCAACAGCAGCAAUUGCUGCACAGCCAGCUGGCGGCGGAGUUGCAGGAGGACUCCUCGAACAUCACCAGCGACCUAAGCGAGGAGCAACUGCAGCAGCACCAGGCGGCGCAGCAGCAGUUGUACAACAACUACCAGCAGUACGCCGCGGCGGCCGGCUACCGGAAUUGGAAUCACAGCCUCACCUUUAACGGAGCCGCCGCCCUGCAGAACCUGCUGUAGCUGUAGCCCCCAAGCUGGCCCUUGGAGCGGGAGUGGGAGCGAGAGCGGGAGCGGAGUGGUAUCGCCAUCUCCUCCAUCCGUCCGCCCGCCAAUUAGCGAGUGGCGUGCCAGCGGCUUUUAGCACCUGAGCGCAUCCUUUGAGCACGUGAGUUGGCCGCCUCGCACCUGUACAUAGAGCGAUCGAGGUUCGGGUUAGAGUUCGGAUUGAAUCCACAAAGGUAGAGAUCGAUUAGGCCUGCAGAGAUUCAGAGUAUCUUUUAUAAUGUUUCAAGGAUAUGAAUUUAAACUUUUUAAUCCUAUUUGACGAAAUUUAAGCAUCUAGAAAAUUUGUAAAUAUCCAUAGAUACUUUGCAUUCCGUGGGGUAUAAUCUCUAUUUUGUGGAUUCAGGCAGGACUCUAUCUCUAGGACCAAGCCCUUCUGUGGGGGUUAUUCGAGAAUCGAAAGAAAAAGUGAUGUAGUUGUAAGUGCAGCAGAACUUUUGUUAACAUUUUUAUGUUUUGCUAAUAUACAAACACAAAAAUAAUAAUUCCGUGCCAUUUGUUUUCGUUGUUUCGAAACAAGCAAUAACAAUCAAAGCGGUUAAAACUAAAAAUUUAAAGCAUUUUAAAUGUAUCACCAAUAGUGAGGAAGAGAGUGAGGAAGAGCGAUAGGGAUCCUGUGUAAUGUCCUUUCAAAGCCUAACUAAAAACAAUCCCAAAAGGAGAGAUACAAAUACAAAAAAAAACUUUAUCCAAAUGCAAUUGCAAUCGCAAACGCAAUCGAAUUCGAAUCGCAAAUGAUCAAAAACCAAAAAAUUCUACAAACUAAAUCAUCGUAAUCAGCUAAAAGAAGAAAACUACCAGCAAAAAACCCUAAGAAUCUUCAAAACUAUCAAAGCAACAAAAAUCUGGCCAUGCAUAUAUAGGAAACGUCGUUCUUAUACUAUAUAAUUUAUCAUUUUUAUAUAUAUACGCCGAUAAGCCAGCAUUUCAUUUACAUUCUGUGUGUGUCUUCAGUUGUUGUACGAAUUCGUUAGUCUAAGGCAUUUUGUACAUAGUCUAUAAAUAGAUAUCUCUAAGCGGAACCCCAACAUAGUAACUAACAUAAUGAGCCCAAUUGCAAGCAGCCACUUUUAACUAACUCGAGAAUUAAUCAAAUUGUAUGAAAUUAUGCCACAAAACCACAUGAAAAUAAAUAUAAUAUAAAUAUAAAUAUUGUAUAGCA